AGCAGGUGAGAAUAGAGAGGAUCGGGUGCGGCCCGCGUCCGGGCGUCUCCGCAGUCCCCCUCUGCACUCCCAUUAGCCCCAGGUGUGAGCAGGCCCAGCAGAAGGAGACAUGGCUACCAAAGUGUUUGAGUCCAUUGGCAAGUUUGGCCUGGCCUUAGCUGUUGCAGGAGGCGUGGUGAACUCUGCCUUGUAUAAUGUGGAUGCUGGGCACAGAGCUGUCAUCUUUGACCGGUUCCGUGGAGUGCAGGACAUUGUCGUAGGGGAAGGGACUCACUUCCUCAUCCCUUGGGUACAGAAACCAAUUAUCUUUGACUGCCGCUCUCGACCACGUAACGUGCCAGUGAUCACUGGUAGCAAAGAUUUACAGAAUGUCAACAUCACCUUGCGCAUCCUCUUCCGGCCGGUUGCUAGCCAGCUUCCCCGCAUCUUCACCAGCAUCGGAGAGGACUACGACGAGCGCGUGCUGCCGUCCAUCACCACAGAGAUCCUCAAGUCCGUGGUGGCUCGCUUUGAUGCUGGAGAACUGAUCACCCAGAGAGAGCUGGUCUCCAGACAGGUGAGCGAUGACCUCACAGAGCGAGCAGCAACCUUUGGGCUCAUCCUGGAUGACGUAUCCUUGACGCAUCUGACCUUCGGGAAGGAGUUCACAGAAGCGGUGGAAGCCAAACAGGUGGCUCAGCAGGAAGCAGAGAGGGCCAGAUUUGUGGUGGAAAAGGCUGAGCAGCAGAAGAAGGCAGCCAUCAUCUCUGCGGAGGGCGACUCCAAGGCAGCGGAGCUGAUCGCCAACUCGCUCACCACCGCAGGCGACGGCCUGAUCGAGCUGCGCAAGCUGGAGGCGGCGGAGGACAUCGCGUACCAGCUGUCGCGCUCCCGGAACAUCACCUACCUGCCCACUGGGCAGUCGGUGCUCCUCCAGCUGCCCCAGUGAGACCCGCGCCUCCUGGGGCCAUCUGGACCACAGCCCCCAUGAUGCUCACCACCACCUUCCUUCUCCCGCCCCAGAAAUCACUGUGAAACUUCAUGAUUGGCUUAAAGUGAAGGAAAUAAAAGUAAAAUCACUUCAGAUCUCUAA